CAAUGAAGCCCGAACAGCACAGAGCACAAGAAAAGACAGCAAGUGACUAAGGGGAAGGCACACACCCUGGAGAGCCUGAAGAAGGGCGUGCAGUGUGCGAAUAUUGAACCGGUCCAUGAAAUAGUGGUCUAGAUGAGUGAGUCAGCACCUGAAGAGGAACCCAAACCUGCUCAGAAAAAUGGAACCGAACACAAAGAAAAGGAACAGGAAGCAACCGAAGUGAAAGAGCCUAUUGAGAAUCCACCAGACAGUGCUGAAUUAGACACCAGCAACAAUGUGGCAAAAGAAGCAACAACUGAAAUCAAACCUGAAGAAUUAAACCUGGAGGGGCAGCCAAAAAUAUCAACUGGUUCAACAAAGAACUCUGACAUUGAACUCUCAAAGAAUAUUGUGCUUAGAAAACCUGUGAAAAUGGUUUUCAAUUUAGAUCAAACUGUACUGGAUUCAAAGCUAGAACAACCAUGGAAAACAAAUCUUUUUGAAAGAGUAGAGGCAAGAGCUCAGGCAAUGCAGCAGAAAAUAAUAGAUGAAGAUAAUAUGAAGAAGAAACUAGAAAAAAAGACUGAGAAAAAGCUCCCUGAGGAUCAUUUGCCCCAACACUGGCUUAAUACUGAAAACAUGACACUGAAUACUCGUGUAUAUUUGCUUGACAAAGUUCUACCCACCUUAGUUCCUGGCAUGGAAAAAAUUGUAAUGCAAGUGGAAAAAAAGAAGCUUUUGGAAGAAGUUGAUAUUCCAACCAAGUUCAAUCCUAUUAAUCGUUUGGGGGAAUUCUUAAUGAGAAACAAUCCUUAUUAUAUCAAAGACUCAGGAAUGUCUGGUUAUCAAAGGGUAAUGAGAGAUGUCACAGAAAAUCUGAAGAUACAUGUUCCCAGCUCUAUCGGCAACAGAGUAGCUAAGAUGAAGGAGAAGAUUAAAGAGCAACAAGAACAAAGAGAACGCUUAAGUGAAGUCAAAGUCAAAGUGGCCAACACACGGAGACAGGCUCUGCAGGAACAGUUCAAUGAAUGGAUUCUAGACCCCAAAGGAAUGAUUCCGAUGAUAGUGAUUCAGAAUGUUCUUCUUGAAUUUUUUAAAAAUCCAGAUUACCAGCUUGAAUCAUGUUGCGAACAAUUGAAUAUUGCUGAUUCAACGGAACCAAGAUUGAACAAAAUGGAAUUUACAGAAUAUAUCUCUUUGCACAUCGCAGACUUGAAAAGUGAGCUGUUUGAGGAACUCCUGAAGCACCUUUGCCACUGUGCAGAUGAAUUCCGGGAGGUCAUAAAAGCUGAUAUACGGAGGCAGAUGUUUGCUGAGCUCUUCCUGCAUUGUGACAGUGGGAAGGUAGGGUUUUUGGAUCGGCAGAGGACAUUGGCCUUGCUGGAAACGUUCUAUGACCAAAGUUCAGAAAUGCUGAGACGUUUACUCUGUAACCCAAGACAAUGGCCAUUCAUUGAGUUUGAAGAGAUAGACUUGCCUGAACUCUGGGGAGAUAUGGAUGACCAGAAACACAUUUAUGAAGACUUUGACAAAGUGCUCUUAGAGAUGAAUACAUUACUUCCUGAAAAACAUGCUAACAAAACCCAAAGUCAAUUGUUAGAAAAUCCAGAAGAUCCACAUGAACAUAGUAAACAUAGAAAACCCACACCACCACUAAGCCCACCAGAACAGCAGAGAGAGAUAACAGCAGGACAAGAACCAAACGAAAUUUCAACCGAAGAACAAGAACAGGACACAGAGUCAGCCAGAGAACAGGAACAACACAGAGAAUCAGUAACAGAGCAAGGCUCACCACCUAGAAUGUCAACUUCAGAACAAGGAAUCCACAUAGAAUCUACUGCAGAACAAGGACUUGACAGCGAAUCAAUAACAGCACAAGGACAACGCGAAGAGUCAACGAUGGGACAAGAAACACACAGAGGGUCAACUGCAGAACAAGGAUCAAGCAGGGAGUCCCUUAUACAACAAGGACCACAAAGAGGGUCAGUUGUGGAAGGACUUCGCAGAGAGUCAGUACCACGAAAAGGAUCACACAAAGGGUUAACUGCAGAGCAAGGAUCCCGCAGAGAGUCAGUAACAGAACCACACAAAGGAACAACUGAAGAACAAGGACCACCCAGAGACAGAACUCCAGAAGAACAGGACAUGGGCUCAGCUUCACAAUCAAUGGAAGGUAGUAUCCUAAGAGAAAGUGAAAAAUCGAGGGAGGCUACUCCCUUGGAGCACAUUGAAAUCCCCCCACAGGAAGAACAGACUCAGGAGCAAGCAUAUGAAGAGGCACUAGUCGUGACUUCUGAACUGCAAGGGGAAGAUCCAGUCUCAAGGGGAAAAGACCACCUUUCAGAAACUGCAAAAAAGGAAGUUCAGAAAGACAAGUCCUGUGAACCCAAGUCCACAGAAAUAGAAGGAAAGUCAUGGUCAGGUGAACUUUUGACUUAUAACUGGAACACGAAAUAUGCCAAAUAUGAAGAUGAAGAACAGGCAAACUUAAUCUAUGCUAACUCCAGAUUUGCAGACCUGCAUUCAAGUGUCAGAAAUAUCCAGUCUUACAAGGAAGUAAGAGGUAGGAGUGCCUUCAAUGGAGUUUCCCUCGAUCUGCUCCAGUUUGUACAACUCCUUGGGACUUUUGUUGGUGAAGAUACCCCCUUGAGUGUCAGUGAGACCCUCACCUCCUUUUUUAAGAGGGGCUAUGCUGAAACAGAAGAAGAGAAAAUAAGUGGCUUAGAAGAGGUUAGACAAAAUGCUUCCCGAAUCCGCCGGGGACUUCUCCUGGAAGCCCUCUUUCAGAAGUGGGACAGUGAUGCCUCAGGCUUCCUAGAUCUGAAAGAAGUUGAUGAACUCUUGUACACAUACAAGGAAGGAAUGGAAAAAGAAUCCAUGAAGAAAGCUAAACUACACAUCCAGUUUCCAAAGCCACGCCCUGGCCAUGAAGUGAGGUUGUCCUCAAAACAGUUUCAGAAAUACAUAGAAUUGGUCGUAUCUGAACUCAGAGGCAAUGAAGAUCAUGUUCUGGAAGGCGUUGUGGAGUUUCUAAUGACUGCUUUGGAAAGGAGCCAUGUUGAGGAACUGAGGAACCAUGUCAGACGGAAAUGGCUGCACCAAAUUCAACAUGCUGCAGAGACAAGUGGGGUGUCCCUGGAGCCAGUGUACACUGAGACCUUUAAAGCCCUCACACAGGAUGCUCAAGCCCAUGGAAAUAAGAAGAUCAGUGCUCACAUUUCCCUCUUAGAAGAAAACGUCCUACUGCCUGAUAGAGGGACAGUUCUACUGAGGAAUGUAGCUUGUACUUUAGAUGAUGCUCCAUUCGUACUGAACAGAGUGCUCUACAGGGACAUGAAGGGAAUCAGUUUUACAGUAGUGGAUGAAGGGACACUGAUCCACGUCCCCCAAGUUCAACACCAUGGGAACAUUUUCUUCUGGAACCAUUCCCGCCAGGAGACUGAUCAAAAUGGAUCAUUCCUGGCUCUGCCUCUUCAGGAUGCACAUAUGAGGAUCUUUGGGGUCAUGGCUGUUGACACACUAAGAGAUCCCGAUAAAAUAAACAUCUUCUUACCUCAUGAGAUGAGGUUCUAUCAGGGUGUUUCCAACGCCUUUAGCACUGCCUAUCACUAUGUCCACAGCCGGGAGCACAUCCUGCAUGUGGUGAUCACUGGCAUCAGCUGGCUCUAUGACAUCGCUCCAGGCAUUACCACCAUCACCACGUACUUCAUUGAGCCUAGUCCAGAGAAGGGCUCAGACUAUGUUUUACGCAAUAUGAUGGUUACAGGGCCCCUGGGUCUAACAGAAAUCCACAAAAAUCCCCCUACCAUCUUCAGGAAGACAUGCAUCUUCAGAAAUUUCCUCUUUAAGUGUACGGACAGUUCUGAAGUUGUUUUGGCCUCUGUCUGUGGAGAAAAUCACAUGGUAAUUCCACUUCGUGAGAGAACAGGAGAGGCUUUGGGAGCUCUCGAUUUUAACAUUGGCAGAAGUAGGAUGCUGUUGUAUCGAGAAUUUAAAGAUCUACAGAAAAUGAUGAAGGUGAUCCAAGCUGCCUGCUAUGAAAUCCUGGGCGAAUUAUCUGGAGAAAUAAAGAAAACCCAUGUCUUAGAGAUUGAAAAUGUAGGAGAAGUCCAGCGGGCUGGAGUUCUCUUCUUCCGAAUCAUGCUGCAAGAGCUGCAGGAAAGCUUCCGACUGCUGACCUCCAUGAACUUUGUCACAUUGCUACUCUAUGACUAUGAUCCUCUAGCAGAGCCCGAAUCUCCACCAGACAGCCAGUCCCAGGAGCUGGAACCAAACACAAAACUAAUACGUGACAUCCUGACAGCGGUUAUCUUGUUCUUUCAUCCAGAGUUGGAAUUAUCAAGUGACUUAAAAAAUUGGGAUAAGUGUAAACUGUAUGUUAACAGAUACUUAGUCGAGAAUAUUUGUUCCUUUGAUCCAACUGUCAAGCAUGUGAAAGCUAAUGUAAAGCUCAUUGGUGAAUAUAUCAGAGAUCAUUCUCGAAUUGAAGUGUGGAAAUUUGGCGAUACUGUCAUCGAGUACCUAUACCACUGGUUACACAUCUGUUUAGCUCUCACGGAGCUAAACAAAAAGCAAAAUAGUGCUAUUACACCCCCAUUGCCCUCCAAGACUGACUCCUGUGUGUAUGCAAAAAUGCCAGGUGGAGCUGCUAGAUAAAUGCUAAUGGAAUUGGUGCUGUAUUUAGGAUACUUUUGUCAUGUUCAGUUUUGUUAAAUAUAAAAUAUUUUCAAUUGGAAGGGAGUGACAUAUAGACAUAUUCUGCUCCUAGACACUUACCUCAGCACUUUUUAAAACCAGAAGUGUUACCUAAGGAGAAAUUUGAUCUAAAAAAAUAUCCAAUUAAAGUAGCCACAACCAGAUGUUAUAGAAUAUAUUUAGAAGUUUCCUUUUAGUUUAAGCUUUGCAUCUGCCAUGGGAUUAUUAUGGCUGAAUGGGUGGAGUUAUUUUAACUCUUUUAAGGUACAAAGACUGAGGAUUUAGAAAAAAA